CCCAUUCUUCUCAAAAUCUUACCUAAACUUCAUCUCCUUUUUCCCUUAAAAUCUCUCACACACUCUUUCCCUCUCUUUUAACAAAAUCAAACCCAUUUCCCAUCUCAAAACCCUUUGUUUGUUCACUUACUUUUCCCCUUGUUGCCCUUUUUCUUUCCUUUUUCUUACAUUCCUCCACGGUCAUGGAGACUUUGGCUCUCAAACCUUUCUCCGUCGCGCCGACCGGUAGGCGCGGUUGGCGGUCUUCAUGGACGACGACGAGGAGGAUGCGCGUGGUUGCGUGCAACGGCGCGUUGAAACCUUCGGUCUCGAUGGAAAGGGCGUCGGUGGUGGUACGGGCGGAGCAUGGCGGAGCGGUGAUGGAGGCGGCCGAGAGCGUGGUUUUGUCCCCGCCGAACAGGAAGGGCGAGACCGAUCCGAUCGGAGUGAAGAGUUUGGUUCCUUAUGGUGGGCUGGUAGAGAUUCACGAGGAUGGAGGAAUUGGAAUUGUCAAAUUCCUUAGAGGGAAAGUGUUCUUGAUUACUGGUGCCACUGGAUUUCUUGCAAAAGUUCUUUUAGAGAAGAUGUUGAGGACAGCACCAGAUGUGGGUAAAAUUUUUGUUUUGAUUAAGGCCAAAGAUGAAGAAGCUGCAGCAAAGAGGUUGAAAAAUGAUAUUAUAAAUGCUGAACUUUUUAAAUCUCUAAGACAAAUCCAUGGGAAAUACUACAUGUCGUUCAUGGAGAGCAAGUUGAUACCUGUGGUGGGGAAUGUGUGUGAUUCAGAUCUGGGACUACAUGUCGACUUGGCUCAUACCAUUGCAAAUCAAGUUGAUGUCAUUCUCAACUCUGCUGCCAAUACAACCUUUGAUGAGAGAUAUGAUGUAGCCAUUGACAUUAAUACAAAGGGACCAUCCAAUCUCAUGGGAUUUGCUAAGAAAUGCUCAAAACUAAAGCUCUUCUUGCAAGUUUCAACAGCAUAUGUGAAUGGGGAAAGGCAAGGGAGAAUAAUGGAAAGGCCAUUUUGUAAGGGAGAUACCAUUGUUUCAUUUGCAAAUGAGGAUUUGGAUGUGGAGAAUGAAAUCAAGUUGGCUUUUGAUACCAAACAAACUUUUCAAGACAAUUCUAUGGCCCAAAAGAUGAAACAAUUGGGCCUCCAAAGAGCGAAAAAGUUUGGAUGGCAAGACACUUACGUAUUUACGAAGGCAAUGGGUGAGAUGGUAAUUGACAAGAUGAGAGGAGAUGUUCCAGUGACCAUAAUCAGACCAAGUGUCAUUGAAAGUAGUUUCAAAGAGCCCUUCCCUGGUUGGAUGGAAGGAAAUAGAAUGAUGGAUCCCAUAGUUUUGUACUAUGGAAAAGGACAGCUCACUGGGUUUUUGGCAGAUCCUAAUGGAGUUCUUGAUGUUGUACCAGUGGACAUGGUGGUGAAUGCAAUGCUAGCAGCGAUGACGAGACAUGGAGGAACUACACGGCCCGGCAUCAACGUGUACCAUGUUGCAUCUUCCGUUGCCAACCCAUUAUCCUUCCAACAUCUUGUUACCCUCCUCCACCAACACUACGACUCUUCGCCAUGCCUCGAUGCCAAUGGUAGGCCCAUCCGUGUCCCCUCGAUGAAGCUUUUCCACUCCAUCGACGACUUCUCCGCCCACCUUUGGAGGGACGCGGCCCGACGCCGUGGCUUGACCCCCAAUGGAAAGAUCUCUGAGAAGCUUCAAAUUAUUUGCAGAAAAACAGUUGAGCAACUCAAGUACUUGGCUCAUAUUUACCAACCUUAUACCUUCUACAAUGGAAGGUUUGACAAUAGCAAUACUCAAGGGCUGAUGGAAAUUAUGAGUGAAGAAGAGAAGAGGGAGUUUGGGUUUGACGUGGAGAGCAUUGAUUGGACGGAUUACAUCACCAAUGUCCAUAUUCCUGGCCUAAAGAGGCAUGUCAUGAAGGGCAAAAGAGGAAUUAACUAAAUUAAUGUGUACCUAAAUUAAAUGUUUCUCACCUUUUUUUUCUUUCUUUUUCUCAACAAGUUGGUUAAGCAAAUCCAGUAACUUGUAAUAAGAAUAAUGUCUAUUUGGGUUUUUUUUUUUUUUUACUUCCAAAAAUUUGGGAUCAUAACAAGUCUGAUCCUAAAGCAGUGUAAUUAAAAAGUGUUUAUUGAAAAUUUUCUUGUUUUAGUUUUGAAUCUGAAUGGAUGAGGCA